AUGGGCUUUGAAUUUCAACCACCUGAGCCACUCCUCGACUUCAAUGAACAGUUACCACCAAUAAUUGACUUGGAUCACGAGUCAACCACUCUGAACCUAUCCAAUAUAACAUACCAUACCAUAUCCAACCACCUGCAAGUUACGGACCAGUAUCUCAAAACAUUACUAUAUCAAAACCCCAAAACAAUAGUAUAUAUUUCCGAUACAAACACGACGAUUAUGCCUAUCGAUGAAGUGCUCAUGCAUAAUGAUCCAUCUAAGCUAGAAUCAUUAACCUACCUCGAAAUCAAGCACCGGUUCAGGAAGCGAGUGAAGUACAACUACAUCCCCGUAUCGCCAUGCAUAUCAAGUCGUACAUUCCACUUGGAUCCUCCCUUAAUGGGAAUCGCUUGGACCCACAGAGUAGCAAUUUCCUUACGAUAUUCAUCAACGUUUGGUGGAUCCGUUAGUGGAAGUACGGGGUCGCCCUAUUUCUUUAAUACAACUACAUUUGGUCUAACUUUGGGCGAGAAAUUACGGUUGAAAUACGGCAAAGAACGAUCGUGGGAUUCAUUUGUUGCUUGUUACUCUACUGAAUCAGCGGCGCGAUUGUUUGGUUAUGUUCCUUUACAAAGGGUAGAUUCAAGGUUACGUGUGGUUAAUUUCAAUAUGGUAAAAGGUGAUUUGAAAUGGGGUAAUCGGUGGUUUCGACACCCGCCACGAGUGGUUUUGGAUAAAGAACAAUCAGUUCGCAUGGUUUGUGAUGUGGGUAGUAGAGAGAAAUUGAAGUGUGAUAGUGAAAAGGGGAGUAUAAGGGACCCAUUCGGUAAUGAAAUGAUCUGGAAUAAUGAAUAUUAG